AUGAUUGGAAACUUGCCUAUGUUUGCGACCGUGGCGAUCGAUUCGACUUUGUACAUGAGAUUUCCAUCGGUGGUACAAAGAAACUAUCCGAUAUGUAUAGGUUGUUGGCUGUGCUUCGGGCCUUGUUAG